CCGCCGCUAUGCUGUCAUCGCUGUCAGUCGCAUGCGUUUGCUCGUUGAGAACGGAGAGAUUUGUGUUGUUAUUUUAAUUAAUGGAAAGUAAAGUUACCGAUGUAGAUAUUAUUGUAACACAAGUUAAUUUAUUAAAUUAUAAUAGGAGCAGUUUAUUGAGUAUAGUGUGAUAUUGAACUGUGAUAAAUAGACACCAUAUUUGAGUUUGCGGUAUUUUCAAUUCUUGGAAAGUUGGACUGUCAUCCAGCAGAUUCGGAUGAUAUAACAAGUCAGGAUGUGUGUGCGGACUGUGUGGUGUGGCCUGGUCGGCCUGCUCGCGGUCUCGAGCGCGGCGCUUGCGCAAGGCGCCAGCUACUGCUCUGUAAACACGUUCCCUACCAACUCCUCGUUUAUGCAGUUCACGAAGGAGCCUGUCCCCAUAGAAUUCGGCUUCGAAGACAAGUUUAAAAGCAUCCAUUGCUGCGUGAAAGGAUACAGGAGCAUAGAAUGGUUCAAAGACGGAGUGGCGUACCCGUGGUCCGCGGGCGUGUCCAACCUGAUCCUGUACCCCGAGGCCGCGAACCAGACGCUGUAUGCGCGCCGAGCCGCGCGGGCAGACUCCGGCAACUACACCUGCCGCCUCUCCAACGAGACACACACCGAAACACAUACCGUCAAACUCAAUAUCCUAGAAAAACCGACGGACGCACCGAGAAUAAUGUUCAUUUCGAAAGAUCAGUGGGUGGAGGAAGGGGGCGAGCUGCGGCUGUACUGCGAGGCACUCAUCGGACGAUCGUACUUGGCGGACGCCCGCAGCGACCUCCGGUGGCGGAAAGUGUGGCCCAACAACACAGUGGGAGACCUCCUGCCCACGCAGACUGAAAUCAAGACCAUUCGAGAGGAUGUGGAAGACAUUAUCGGCUCGUACCUGACGGUGGAUAGAGUGUCUGCUCAGGACUACGGCACCUACGUGUGCGUCGUGCACAGCAACGAUAUCGUCUCCGAGCAUCACGUUACUGUACACUACAGAUAUGGUGGCUUGGACGACGGCGGCAGUUCGUCGUGGUGCGGCAGCGGGUCGGUCCCGUGGCGCGCGCUGGCGCUGGGCGCGGCGGCGGGCGCGCUCGCGCUCGUGUCGGCCGCCGCGCUGCACCGCCGCUGCACGCCGCGCCUGCUGCUCGCCGCCAGGCAUGCGCGGGCUCGAGCACAGCCCACGGCUAGGAGGGCUAGAGUGUUGGAGAAGGAGUUCGAUGUGUUGGUAUGUUGGACGGCAGUGGACGGCGAGCUCGUGCGCGGUGCACUGCUGCCCACGCUCUCUCUCAAGUACAAGUACAGAGUGCACGCCGUGUUGCUGUCCACGCAGCCCGAUACUUGGUACAGUGAGCUAGUAGGCGAGGCGUCCCGCUGCCGGUCGCUGGUGGCAGUACUGUCUCCCGCACAACACUCGCCGCAGCAGCUGCUCACCGCGCUGCGACAGCUCAGGGCACUGCCACUGCCGCCCGUCGUUGUUCUAUUACAGGAUUUGCCAAAGCUGAAGCGCGAGGCGAAGGAGGGCGGCGAGAGCCUGGUGUCGACGCUGCGCGGCACGCGGCUGGUGGCGUGGCGCCACGUGCACGAGCGCGCCUUCUGGACGGCGCUGCGCCUGGCGCUGCCGCUGCCGCCCGCCGCGCGCGCGCGGACCGAUACCAAAACGAACCCCGAACAAGACGACAACAAAAACUCGCGCUCGGGCAGCCUCACCGCGCUCGUAUAACUCUGCCGGCAGCUACCGCGACUCAGUGUGGACGUGACCUUUAGUGUUUGACACUGCGCUCGGCGCCACACGCCCUGUGCUGCCAAUUCGUAUGAAGACUGUGAGUAGUUAAGCUAUUUGUAAUAUUCAAAUAUCACAUUACGUAAUUAAUUAGUUGUAGGUCGAUUUGAAACCUGUAUACAGUUUUCUAAGAUCUCAGUAUCUUCUUCGUCUGAUUACUAUAACAUCGUUUCGUGUUUCCAUUUCUCUCGUGCCAAUGGAAAUCUAUCAUGACAAUUUAUUUUAAGUUUGCGGUUGUAUUCCACUAUUUAUUUUUAUUUAUCUCUUUGUCUUACCUUUAUCGUUGUGUAUCUUUCUGUUUCUAAUGUAUUCGCGGAUGGAUGCCGCAUUAGGUUGUGUUGCGGAGUGUCGCGCGCACGGCGACGACUGUUAGGUUAGGACUUUAAUUUAUCUUCUCUUACUGUAGUAAUUUAUGUUGUGUGUAAACAGCGGAGUGUAAUUUGUGUUGCGACGAUUCAGGGUUCUGUGAUAAUCGAAGUGUGGGUGUUGUUAUAGAGACGGUAGUAUAUAAACCAGAAACAAACCAAAACAAUGUAACACUAGCACACCGUAGUUGAGAUAAGUUUGGUGGUUGUACACUGCUGGCUCUGUCUGAUCUUGUUUUUUUUUACAUUUUUUUAAUAGUGUGUUGUUGUAAGUAAUACUGAUGUAAAUAUUAUUAUAAACAAGAGUAUUUUUACAUAAUGUGUUAGUAAUAAGACGCCUAACAGGUCAUGUGUAAUGUAAACAUUAAGUAUUAUAGUUUAAUUGAUACAUUCCGUAAAAUGAUUAUAAUAGUUCGAUUUAAGUUCUAAGAAACCGAUUGUGAAGGUUCAAAAACGAAACAUCUUGGAUAAGAAUGUAUUUUCUUAUUUGGAAUAUUGUAUAUAAUUAAAACAAAUGCUAUCGAUACGUAAAAA